AUGGGUCCACAGACGAAGUUUGUACCUUGUCCUAGCGGUGAAAUCCAAAAGACAAGAGAAACUGUGCACACUGUUUGCUUACACGACAUCGACGUGAUAAACUCUCGCAGUCAGGGCUUUCUUGCACUAUUCACGGGAGAUACCGGAGAAAUCAAAAGUGAAGUUCGUGAACAGAUUAACAAAAAGGUUGCUGAGUGGCGUGAGGAGGGAAAGGCAACGAUACAGCCAGGAGUCCUUUUUAUUGAUGAGGCACAUCUAUUAGAUCUCGAGUGUUUUUCUUUCUUAAACCGGGCAAUGGAAUCGGAUCUCAGUCCUCUACUCAUUAUGGCGACAAACAAAGAGAAAGGACUUGUACGAGGAACUGAUGUUGUGGCCAACUAUUGCCUGCCUCCUGAUAUUGUCGACCGUCUUAUCGGUAUCUCAACGAAGCCAUACACAAGUGAUGAGAUAGCUCGCAUCUUGAGCUUGCGUGCCGAUGAGGAAGGAGUCAGAAUGGAAGCGGCAGCCAUCAAUCUCCUAAAGAUGAUCGUCGGUGAAACUUCGAUGAGAUACGGAAUCCAACUUAUUGCUGUAUCGAACGUUCUCAGAGAACGCAAAAAGAAGCCGAUGGUGAGCAUUUUGAAUAGAGGAACAUCU